CGUUCCAUGACUGGUGCACUGAAGAGGUACCUGUUGAAAAACGAAACUUUGCAGUGACAUUUCGUGCGCCGAUACAUUUAGCUGAUGUUUAGAGGACUCUUGGCGAAGUUUGUGUGGUGCGAGUGAUUGUGUUAGGUGGAGUUUUACUUCUUUGCUUGGGUCGCUUCGGCGAUGGGUGGGCUGUAGGAAAGCCUGAACCGGCGCUAUUAGGUAGUGAUGUCUCGGAGACGGGGGCGGUGCUGACGUUCCCGUCUCGUAGUAGGGCAUGUGUGUCAAAGACGAGAGGCGCAUCCUAAGAGGACUCAGGUAUGACCAGGUUUGUGCCAUGAGGCGGCCGACCGCCGGCAUGGCUCUCUUCGGCAUGGUGUGGCUGUUGCGCGUGCGCUCCGAGAUGAAGCGCUGUGCGAAAUGCCGGCGCCAGGAGGUCCUCCACGCUGAGGAACGGGCGUCGGCCUCCACCUUCUUCACCAUAGACGCGCCCUCGGCUAUGCCUUCGACGGGAACCGCAAGUCCGGGACCCCUAGCUCCCACCACCUACUGCGAAGUUCACGGAUACAAUCUACCCAAAGAAGAUAUACAAGAAUUUUACGAACUCACCCUCCUUGACGAAACCAAGUCGGUUCAAGAAAAAACCGCCGAAACCAUUCGCAUCGCCAACAAAUGGGAAACCAGUGAUGGGCCUAUAGCCUCAUACACCAACAAUGAUGGUGGUACGACAAUUCCCAACGUUCUCCACGGCCAGUCCGCCAGCAGGGAGAAUUUAUCGUAUAUUCAGAAAUCCCGCUAUGCAGAGGAGGAAAUGCCGCCCCCGCCUUCGCCCCCACUGCUCCGCGAGACAGUGAUCCACGACAAUGUCUCUCGCCAAGGAUCCCUGGAACGAGGUGGCCGCAGAAAAAGCUCAAUAGACAGGGAUCAAAUCAUCAAAGAAACACACAAGCCGGGAAACGACAGCUGGCAAGGCAACGACAGCGAUCAGGCGCACUCUCCUUUGUUGGGCUCUGGCGACACCAAACCUGUAAACGGCGACGAUGAGUGGGAGUACGAGGAAAUCAUUUUGGAAAGGGGUGGCGCCGGCUUGGGUUUCAGCAUCGCCGGAGGCACGGACAACCCCCACAUCGGCGACGACACUGCGAUUUAUAUCACUAAACUCAUACCUGGGGGAGCGGCGUCGGCGGACGGCCGACUCCGGGUGAACGAUUCGAUUUUAUCGGUCAACGACGUCCCCGUCGUCGAUGUCCCCCACGCCAGCGCCGUCGAGGCCCUCAAGAAGGCCGGCAACACAGUCAAAUUAUGCGUGCGACGCCGGCGACAACCUCGCAACAUGAGACUGAUGGAGAUCGAGUUGGUAAAAGGCAACAAAGGUCUCGGCUUUAGCAUUGCCGGUGGCAUUGGCAAUCAGCACAUCCCCGGUGAUAACGGCAUUUAUGUCACUAAAGUGAUGGAGGGUGGUGCUGCUCAAGUGGAUGGUCGUCUCCUUGUUGGCGAUAAACUCGUCGCAGUCAGGGACGCUGUCAAAGGCGAAGUUAACCUGGAGAAUGUCACCCAUGAGGACGCCGUCACUACGCUCAAAACAACGCAGGACAGGGUUGUGCUCGUCGUCGCCAAACCAGACAGUGCCUUUAAUGCUCCCGCAUCUGAUACUUCCUACUCGCCGCAAUUGUCUACGAAGGCAUCAAACGCGUACCCCGAGUCGAUUCACUCAUCAAACCUCGCACUUCACCAUCCACCCUCAACACCAAGGGCUGUCAGCCAGGAGGAUGUAUCUCGAGAAGUGCGCACUGUGAUACUACAAAAAGGAGGCUCCGGUUUGGGUUUUAACAUUGUGGGAGGUGAAGACGGAGAAGGAAUCUUCAUAUCAUUCAUUCUGGCUGGAGGUCCGGCCGAUUUGAGUGGUGAAUUGCGUCGAGGCGAUCAAAUACUCAGCGUGAACGGCGUCAACCUACGAAAUGCCACUCACGAAGAAGCCGCUCAAACUCUCAAAGGAACGAGUUCGACGGUCACAAUGGUGGUGCAGUACAGACCCGAGGAGUACAACCGCUUCGAGGCCAAAAUCCAUGACUUGAAACAGCAAAUCUCGCAUCCCGUCACGGGAACUCUACUUAGGACAUCACAGAAACGCUCUCUCUACGUCAGAGCUCUGUUCGAUUAUGAUCCGAUGAAAGACGACGGGUUGCCGAGCCGGGGACUCGCUUUUCAUUAUGGGGAUAUCCUACAUGUGACGAAUGCCAGUGAUGAUGAGUGGUGGCAGGCGCGGAGGGUACUUAACACGGGGGAUGAACAGGGUAUGGGGAUUGUUCCGUCGAAGAGGAGGUGGGAGAGGAAGCAAAGGGCGAGGGAUCGCUCGGUUAAGUUCCAAGGACACAUGCCCAACAUUAUGGAUAAGCAAUCGACAUUAGAUAGGAAAAAGAAAAACUUCUCGUUUAGUAGAAAGUUCCCCUUCAUGAAAAGUAAAGACGACAAGUCGGAAGACGGCUCAGAUCAAGAACACUCUCCUUCUGCCACUCCUAACUCUGCUAAUGAUAAUGAACGAAAUCCCUCAUCGUUCAUGUUAUGCUACACCCAGGAGGACGCCAAUGCUGAAGGUGAAAUAUUAUAUCGGGUUGAGCUACCUUACAUGGAAGAGAUCACGUUAAUUUAUCUGGAGAAUAAUGAUAAUAAUGACGACUAUAGCAAUGAGGAAAAUGUACUCUCAUACGAACCUGUCCAGCAGAUGGCAAUCAAUUACACGAGGCCGGUUAUUAUUUUGGGGCCUCUCAAAGACCGCAUUAACGACGACCUCAUUUCCGAAUUCCCCGACAAGUUCGGAAGUUGUGUCCCACAUACGACUAGGCCCAAGCGGGAGUACGAAGUUGACGCAAGGGAUUAUCAUUUUGUCAGCUCGAGGGAACAGAUGGAGAAGGACAUACAAAAUCACCUGUUCAUAGAAGCGGGACAAUAUAAUGAUAAUUUGUACGGAACCUCGGUCGCCUCAGUUAGGGAGGUGGCAGAUAAGGGCAAACACUGCAUUUUGGACGUAAGUGGCAAUGCAAUCAAGAGGCUACAAGUCGCUCAACUCUUCCCUAUUGCUAUUUUCAUCAAACCCAAAUCGGUCGAAUCAAUUAUGGAAAUGAAUAAGAGAAUGACGGAGGAACAAGCAAAGAAAACAUUCGAAAGAUCUCUCAAGAUGGAGCAAGAGUUUGGGGAAUAUUUCACAGCGGUGGUGCAAGGAGAUACGCCUGAAGACAUCUACGAGCAAGUGAAAGAAGUAAUCAAGGAGCAGUCGGGUCCAACAAUUUGGGUGCCAACGAAGGAAAAACUGUGACAAACGGCCCCUCCAGUGUGGACGCUGCCAUCGCGCUCACGGCUGCACUGAACAGUUUUGCGAAAAAUAGACACAUUCUGUUGUUAUGUGCGGUGCCUCCUAAUGCGUGCUUACAAGACCAGCUCAUUCAUUAAUCAUACCUUUAUUAUUGCCCAAAUUGUUGAUAAUGACAAAUACAAGAGUAGUUAUGAAUUUAAAGUAAUCUUAGUGUAUGGUGCGGCGGUGAGAGAAACACCCGCAAAGCUUGUAUAGAUGUGGAUAACCUCCGAGCCCUUAUUUCAUUAUUAAAAAUGCACUUGUGUUACUUAAUGAAUUAAUCUAUGAUGAAUAAGCAUAAUAGUCAAAUCUUGAAAUCGUUUAUAAUAUAAUUAGCCAAUUGUUAUUUGACUUUUAGGUAGUUUUAUCAAUGUUUUUUGUAGUGUACGAUGUAUAUUUAAUAUAAAGGUUUCCCUGCCAAUAAGUUAAAUUGUAUAUACACAAAUGAUAUAUGUGUAGUAUAUAACAGAAAUCUGUUAUUGUUAUUUGAGACAAGUUGUGACCUAACUUAUUUGAGUUAAUAAAAGAAAUUUUACUAAA